UCGAGCUCUGAAAAUGGCCGAGUUGGAAGAGGAGGUGGAUGUCUUGGUCCAGAGAGUUGUAAAAGAUAUCAAUAACGUCUUCAAAAGAAACCCGAACAUUGAUGAAAUCGGACUCAUUCCAUGUCCAGAGGCCCGAUAUAACAGAAGCCCCAUCGUCCUGGUGGAGAACAAGCUGGGAGUGGAGAGUUGGUGUGUCAAGUUUCUGCUACCAUAUGUCCAUAAUAAACUCCUGCUCUACAGGCAGAGAAAGCAGUGGCUAGACCGGGAAGCACUGGUAGAUAUAACCUGCACUUUGCUUCUCUUAAAUCCAGACUUAACCACAGCUUGGAAUGUCAGGAAAGAGCUCCUGCAGUGUGGUGUGUUGAACCCUGAGAAGGACCUUUACCUGGGCAAACUAGCUCUAACCAAGCAUCCUAAAAGCCCGGAAACAUGGAUACACAGGCGGUGGGUGCUGCAGUGGUUGCAGAAGGAGUGCUCUCCCUCUGGGUCAGAAUUAAAGGAGCAGGUUGAACCCAGGGGUGACGCUGAGAGGAGUAGUCAGUGUGAGCGCCUGCAGAGAGCCUUGCAGGAGGAGAUGAGGGUCUGUGCAGAUGCAGCUGGCCGUUACCCCAGCAACUACAAUGCCUGGUCCCAUCGCAUCUGGGUGCUGCAAAACUUGGCCAAAGGCAGUCUGAAGGUUCUGCAUGAUGAGAUGUCCUCCACCAGGCUCUGGGUGUCCAUGCACGUGUCUGAUCACAGCGGCUUCCACUGCCGUCAGUUCCUUCUUAAAGCUCUGGCCAGUGAGCUCAGCCAGGCCGGAGAAAGGGAACUUCGCCCCACCCAGCAGUCCAACGGAGAGGUCACGGCAGGUACAUCUGAUGACGUUCACCAUAAUGACGUCAUUCAUCAGCUCUUCCACGAGGAGAUGGAGCUCUGUACUGACCUCAUCGAGUCAUAUCCAGGGCAUGAAACUCUGUGGAGCCACAGGCGACAUGUCUUCUACCUGUGGCACCAGUGGCGGCGGGAGCACUUUCUGGAGUUGGGGUCACAGUGUCCAACUCUCACCCACACUGACGUCCUCCUCAGUGAGGAGCCCUGUGAUGACAGCUGUUCCUCCCAGGCCAUGGACAUUGACUGCGUUCUAGAUGGGAGCAAACAUGGAAGCUACACGCAGGACACCAAGCGAUUAAAGCGGGGACCCUUGCUGCCCCACCACGGACUUUCCUCUGAGCACACAUUUGUCUCUAGAAUUCUUGCAGGGAGCCGGAGCCCCGAGCAAAGCCGGUUUGCCAUUGCCUACAGGAAGUGGUUGGACUCUGUUAUAGGUCAGUAGCAUUAGAAAGACACUGCCCACCAUGAGGUGGGAGAGCUGUGAUAGGUCAACUUAUUUCUGGCUUCAAACCACCCACACCCUGUUCUCUAAAAAUGGCUGGACUCAGUGGCUGGUUUGUCAGAGAUGCUCUGCAGGAGCAAAUUCCCCCCUCAUGAUGAAAACCCAUGACUGGUCGUUACAGUGUAAGCUUUGUCUGUUUCAGCUGCUUUAGUUCAGGUACUGGAAAUCUCAGGUCUGUUUUUCAGUGUAUUAUCUUAUUUACAAUCCUUUUUUUAUCAAUUGUCAAUUUCUUUCGUAUAAUUUUUGUUGGUUUUAUGUUUUUUAAAGUCUUCCACCAAAAAUCAAUUACAGCAUGUUCUCAUCAUGCUGACUGCAGUUUUAUGAUUCCUGUCAGGAGUCUUAAAUGCACCCUGUGGUGCAUAAUGAAGGGAACAUUUAGAGCUUAAAGUGAUUCUGACCCAGUUUCGCUGUUUUGUUUAAUUGAGGGCUGUACGACGCUGAAUCCUGUCUACUCCUCUUUUGUACUAAAGCACGACAAUUUUACAAUUUAUAUGUUUGCCUCAAUCAGUAACGUGAGCACAAUCAUUGAAUUUAAAGGGAUAGGUUACCCAAAAAUUAAAAUUCUCUCAUCAUUUACUCACUUUCAUGCCAUCCCAGAUGUGUGUGACUUUCUUCUGCUGAACACAAAGGUUUUUAGAAGAAUAUUUCAGCUCUGUAGGUCCAUACAAUGCAAGUAAAUGGUGACCAGACUUUUCAAGCUAUAAAAAUCACAAAGGCAGCAUAAAAGUAAUCCAUACAUACAGUGGUUCCCAACCCUGUUCCUGGAGGCCCUCAACACUACACAUUUUGGAUAUCUCCCUAGUCAAACACACCUGAUUCAACUCAUCAGCUUGUUAGUGGAGACACCAAGACCUGAACUGGGUGUGUCAGAAAAGGAGAUAUGCAAAAUGUGCAGUGUUUGGGGGGCCUCCAGGAACAGGGUUGCGAACCACUGAUUUAAUGUUUUGUGAAGUGAUGCAAUAACUUUGGGUGAGAAACGGAUUCAUAUUUCAGUCCUUUUUCCAGAGCUGAAAUAUUCUUCUAAAAGUCUUUGUGUUCAGUAGAAGAAAGAAAGUUAAACACAUCUGGGAUGGCUUGAGGGUGAGUAAAUAAUGAGAGAAUUUUCAUUUUUUGGGGAACUAUCCCUUUAAAGAUUCUUGGUGCCAUUUGAUAUGAAAUAUUAGGGCUAAAGGCGACAUUUUCAUAAGACUAAUGUUUAUAGUGCACAUGAACUUGAACAGGAACACUGCCCUCAUUCAGGUAAGCAUUUGUAUUAUGAUAUACUAGUAUAACAUAUCAAUGUUUUAAUGGUUCAUUGUACAGACAAUUCUUGGACUUUAAGAAUAAAUGCUCCUGACGUACAUUUACCACUUUUUAGGACAAUGAUGGUAUAGUCAAGUUAAGCAAAUCUCAGCAUUUAAGCAGAAGUUUUGGGUUAUAGCUCAUCCAUGUGGUCUCACAGGUGUAUGGGUUUUCAUUAUGAAAGGGAAUUUCAUAGUAGGAGUAGUCUUUUCUCAGCUUGGCCCAAACGUUGGCUGCAAAAAUAAUAAGCUGCCACGUUCAAGUCCAUCUGGUGCAGAAUGGUGCUGAUUCUCUGCUCUGGGGAGUGUGGCCCCUGAAGGGCCUGGGUUUACAAAUGCUGCUUUUUGUUUAACACUAUUUUAAACGUGAAGUAUAUUUAUGCAAAUAUAAAAAAGUGAAAUGUUGUUGGCUUCACUUAUGUCAUGAUUUAUUAUAGCUAAUAAGCUAUUAGACAGUUAUGGUUGACUCACUGUUACUCUGUAAUUAUUAACUUUCACAGUUUCACAGGCUCAGUCUUGCACUGACAACUUGAUUUCAUCACAGCUUAAUUAGAGUAGGUUGUGAACAUUUGAAAAGACUAUAUAAUAUCUGGAUAAUGCCUGUUCCACAGAUGCAUAAGUAUUCUGGUUAGAUGAAUUCAUUUUAACAGUCUAAGAAAGGUUAUACAAAUCCAUGUCUUUGAGCAUAUCUGGAAGAUUAGUAGAGUUCGAUCUUAAAGGGAUUGUUUACCAAAAAAUGAGAAUUCUCUCAUUUACUCACCCUCAUGCCAUCCCAGAUGUGUUUGACUUACUUACUUCUGCAGAACACAAAUUAAGAUUUUUUUAAAAAUAUUUCAGCUCUUUUGGUCCAUACAAUGCAAGUUAAUGGGUGCCAAAAAUUUGAAGCUCCAAAAAUCACAAAGGCAGCAUAAAAGUAAUCCAUACGAGAUAUUUUAGUCAAUUUAUACUAUAAAUUCUCUUCCCUGCUCAGUCAAUCUCCACUUUCACAUUCUUCUUGUGUUUUUGGUGAUUCACAUUCUUCAUGCAUAUCGCCCCCUACUGGGCAGGGAAAAGAAUUUCUAGCAAAAAUUGACUUUAAUAUUGAUCUGUUUCUCACCCACAUUUAUCAUAUCACUUAAGAUAUGGAUUAAACCACUGGUGUCUUAAGAAUGACUUAUUAUGCUGCCUUUAAGUACUUUUUGGAGCGUCAAAAUUUUGGCACCCAUUCACUCACAUUGUAUGGACCUACAGAGCUGAAAUAUUUUGGUGUUCUGCAGAAGAAAGAAAGUCACACACAUCUGGGAUGGCAUGAGGGUGAGUAAAUGAUCAGAUAAUUUUCCUUUUUGGUUGAACUAUUCCUUAAAGUUUCAACUCCUAAAGUGUAUUGCACAAGAACUAGAUUUAUGAAAGCGUUUCAGUUAUAUAAUUUCAAGACACUAUCCAGGACAAUUUCAGAGUGACUUUAUCAGUUACUGGAUGCCUUGGCUGUCCUUAUGCUUAUGUUUAAGGUGAAACAGCAAAAUGGGGUAGUGGGUGGUUUUUUUUUCUGUUAUUGGAUAUCUGUCCCAGAUCUCACAGGUUUACCUCAAAAGUAAAGCCAGCUUUUCUCCCACACCAUUCCUCGAUAUAACUAAAUGUUUUGCUACGCUGACAGCUUAUGAUCAUUGAUCACUCAACAUACGAACAAGUGUGUGCACAAGUUCUUUGUUUUAGUAAGGUUUUAGCAUCUUUCUCCUCCUACACCUGCUGUUAGACAAACAGAUCUACAUUUUCAGCAAAAAUGCCUUUAAAAUGGGUCUUUUAAAGUCACUGUGCUAUAUGCUGCUUGCAUACAUGGAUCAAAUCAGUUGCAAAUGUUAUUAUCUAAAUCCUGUGCUCAUGUUUUUGCAUGGAUGUUACAUAUGUGCUGUUUUACUGGGAUCAAAAUCAUGUUAUCAUUGCAUUUGAUUUACUUUUUACUUUUAUGAACAAUAGAGAGAAAACAUUUACAGUUUAUUAUUUUUUUUUUAUUCCCAAAAAUGAACUAUUUGGUGUAAUUAUGGUAACAAUUAUUGCCCACUGUAUUACAUGUUAAUUACCCUAAAAUCAACCACCCUUGGCAAUCUUAGGUUCAAGGUUGAUUAAUAUUUAGGCUACAACAUUGUUUGUCUUAUCUGUUCUAUGCUUCCGGUUUCACAUUAUUCUUUCAAAGCGGUUUCAGAAAUAGGUAGGCCAAUAUAACCUUAUAGGUUUCGAAUGUGUGUAGAUUUAUCUGAAUUGCAUUGAGGAAGCAGAUAGUAUUUCCAGUUGUGUCCGUUUCCAUGGUUGAAAAUGUAAUUUAUUUUGGGAAUACCGACAUUAACACCUGUUUAACUGUAAAGCAUAAAAAAGGAUCUUAAAUUACUGGUACAUCUAUGCAGAAGCAUUCUCACGAAGUUAAUUUAGCUUUAGAAAGAACAAAUGUAGCCUUGGACUUUAUAUUUUCUUCAUGUACAGUAUUGUCUGAUUAGGUACUCUAGGUUUUUACAGCAACAAUAACCAACAUUUAUAGCAUGUCAACCAUUAUGUAUUUUAUAUUUAUUUGUAAAAAAGAAAAAAGUAUUGAAUAGUUUUGUCAGUUGCCUACCAUAUGAAAUAAAGCUUCUCUGAAAAAG